AUGGUCAUCCCCAGUGUGUCCUUCAAUAUCACCAUCAACAGCAAGCCCUUGGGACACAUCUCCUUUCAGCUAUUUGCAGAUAAAGUUCCAAAGACAGAAGACAACUUCACUCUGAAUAAUAAAGACAAAGGAUUUGGUUAUAAAGAUUCUUGCUUUCACAGAAUUAUUCCAGGGUUUAUAUGCCAGGGUGAUGACUUCACACACCAUAAUGGCAUUGGUGGCAAGUCCAUCUACGGGGAUAAAUUUGAUGAUACGAACUUUAUCAUGAAGCACACAGGUCUUGGCAUCUUGUCCAUGGCAAAUGCUGGACCCAAAACAAAUGGUUCUCAGUUUUUCAUCUGCGCUGCCAUGGCCGUGUGGUUGGAUGGCAAGCAUGUGAUCUUUGGCAAGGUGAAAGAAGGCAUGAAUAUUGUGGAAGCCAUGGAAUGCUUUGGGUCCAGGAAUGGCAAGACAAGCAAGAUAGUCAUUGCCAACUGCAGACAACUGUAA